AUGGGCUUUGACAAGAACCACCCCGUCCGCGUCGUCGUUAUUGGCGGCGGCAUCUCCGGCAUCGCGCAGGGCAUCCGCCUGAAGCAGGAGCUGGGCGACAAGGUCGCCAUCACGAUCCUCGAGAAGCGCGCGUCCCCCGGUGGCGUGUGGCGAGACUCCAAGUGGGCCGGCGCGGGCGUCGACGUCCCCAUCCACCUGUACCAGCUCGGCGGCGAGCUCAACCCCGACUGGCCGACGGUGUACGCCUCGCAGCCCGAGGUCCUGGCCUACUGGGAGGGCCUGGUCGACAAGCACGGCCUGCGGGACAACUUCCUCUUCAACUCGGAGUUCAUUGGCUCCGAGUGGAACAGCGACACGCAGUCGCACACGGUGUUUGUGCAGAACGCCGUGACGGGCAACAAGCUCAAGCUCGAGGCCGAGGUCCUCGUGUCCGCCGCUGGCCCGCUUGCCAAGCCUCAGCUUCCCGACAUUCCGGGCGUCAAGUCGUUCGCCGGACCUUACUUCCACAACCUGCGCUGGGACUCGGACGUCAAGCUUGAGGGCAAGCGCGUCGCCGUGAUCGGUAACGGCUCGUCGGGCAUCCAGCUCGUCCCCGGCGUCGCUGCCCUCCCCGGCGUCACGCUCACCCACUACAUCCGCUCGGGAGGCUACUUUGUGCCCAAGCCUCAGCGCAACUACAGCGCGCUUGAGCGCUUUGCAUUCAACUGGAUCCCCGGAAUCCAGCACGCGUACCGCCUGUACCUGCUCCGUAUCCACGACCAGACCUGGUCCACACGCCAUGUUCACGACGCCAGCCGCAGCAGCCCGGAGGAGAUCUUCCUGCUCGACUACCUCAAGAAGACGGCGCCGGCAGAGUACCUCGAUGCGUUGACACCCAACUACCCCCUCGGCUCCAAGCGUACCGCGCUCAACCUCGGCUGGCUCGAGACCCUUCACCGCGACAACGUCGAGCUCACCAACACGACCAUCACCAAGGUGCACCCGACUGGCAUUGAGACGGCCGACGGCAAGCUCCGCGAGCACGACGUCAUCAUCUACGCGACGGGCUCGGACGUCCCGUACCAGGGCGUGGGCGUCAACACCAACCUGCACGGCGAGGGCGGGCUCGAGCUCGAGCAGUACUGGAAGUCGAUUGGCGGUCCGCAGGCGUACGCUGGCGUCGCCGUCCCCCACUUCCCCAACUACUUCAUCAUCAUCGGGCCGAACGGCACGGCCGGCUCGUGGGGCUGGACGAUCAACAUCAACACUGCGGCGAUUGCGCGCAUCGUGCGCGAGCUGGUCGACUAUGGCAUCUCGUCUGUCCAGCCGCGCGAGGCGCCGUUCAAGGCGCACAACAAGGCCGUGCAAAAGUACCUGAAGCACUCGGCUGCGGCGACCAAGGAGACCAACAACUGGUGGCGCACCGACGAGGGGCUGAUCACCGUCGUCAACCCGCAGGCCGGGCUCGCCGAGUGGUGGAGCAAGCUCUCGACCAAGUGGUCCGACUGGGACGCUGUCCGCGCCACCAAGGGCCCGGAUGGCAAGACGCGCCUCACCAAGGUCGACGUGAACGGCAUCAAGCGCCGCAGGCGUGCGCUCAAGCUCGCCGUCGUCGGCGCCGUGUCCGCCGCCACGUACUACAACUGGACGGGCAUUGUCGACUUUGUCACCAAGGAGUCGGGCGAGCUGCGCAAGUUUAUUCAGGGUUAG